AAAUAAUAAUAAUUGUUAAAUCAAUUAGGAAUGCAGCACAGUAUGAGAUCUAGUUUGGCAUUUAUAUUCUGAAAAAAUAUAUAAAAAUUAAAAUUGUUCAAUUGUUUGUUUGGUGUGAAAAUUCUUGUGCAACUUCUGCAACAAUAAAAAUUCGAUCAAAACUGGAGGAGUUUUUUGUAUUCGAGCUGCAACGAUUGUUAUUUAAUUGUAUAUUUCAGCAAUAAUUAUUUGACGAGGCUUUCAACGAUGUUGUCGGCGCAGAUCGUUCCACUGUUGCUCUUGGUCAUUAUAAGUUUCUGUAAUUUCUGUAACGGUGUGCCUGAACAUGACCUUCAGACUGCUAAGCAAUGGAAUUUAAUAAACUGGAACUUCCUACCGCAUGCCCCCGUGAACGAUGUAAAUUUUUAUAACCCAAGCAACGUUGUGGCUACGGGCAUUGCAAUUUCGCACGAUCGCAUAUUUUUAGCAACUCCAAAAUUAUUCAGCGGAGUACCGGCUACUGUUAGUUUUAUGAUGAAGACAGACUUUGAGGAAUCUCCACUACUGCAGCCAUAUCCGGACUGGUCUUAUUCGAUCUCUGGCCGCACAGACUUUAAUUGCAGCGAUUUAAUUUUGAUUUCCGUUUAUCGCAUGCGUAUCGAUUCUUGCAAUCGUUUAUGGGUACUUGACGCUGGUGUUUCACGUUCUUUGGAAGAUUUUGAAGUUACGUGUCCGCCUAAAAUUCUAAUUUUUGAUUUGAAUACUAAUCAAGUACUAAGACGUGUGGACUUUCCCAACGAAAUAUUGCGAGGUGAAUCAUUGUUUACGAAUCUGGUGAUUGAUGAAACUACAUCGAGAGGAGCCAAUUGUGAUGAUGUUUUUGUAUACAUUUCAGAUACAGUUGAGCCAGCGCUUAUUGUAUACGAUAGCGAAAGAGAUGUGACUUGGCGGCUUACGCAUCCAGCCAUGUUUCCUGAUCCAGAUUUUGCUCAAUCUGAAAUUUUAAACGAUCGUUUUAUUUUAAUGGAUGGUGUAGUGGGUUUAACGUUUGACAAAAAAACAAGCCUUGUUUAUUUCCAACCAUUGGCAACAGAUCGUGUAUUUUCCAUAUCCAAAGAGGUCUUACGUGCUGGUCCUAUACCGCGAAACCAAGUAUUACAAGUCAAAUUGGUGGGUAAGAAGUCUUCACAAGGCAUUGGUAUGGCAAUAUCACCAAUAGACGACAGCCUCAUUUUCAGUCCAAUAACGGAAACUGCAAUUGCUACCUGGAAUCCCACAACUAACACACACUCAAUACUAGCUUUCGAUCAGGAUCGUUUACAGUUUGUUGCUGAUAUCAGUACAACGUCGUCCGAAUCAAAUGUUAUAUAUGCUGUAUCUUCUAAGUUCCAACGUUAUUUCUUAAAGAACAUAAACCCAAACGAAGCGAAUUGCAGAAUUUUGCGUAUCGACCUCACUCCAAAUACGCAUAGCACCUCUUAUGCAUAUAAACCACGUCUGUCUUCAGUUUCUGCACUAAGUAGAUUUUAUCAUAUUAAUUCUGUUGAUAAGUUUAAAUCAGACUAUUUAGAUAGUCCUUUCAAAGUAGCAUCGAGUUCACCAUUUGACUUCGAACCAGUGGGCUUACUACAAUAUUCCUCUAGAAAUCCCUUUACUGCUCUUAAUCAAGGUGAAGCGUUCCCACCCACCAGAGCGGCUAGAAGCAAUUCAGAAAUCUCAUUUUUGGAUAAUUUAAAUAGUUUGCCAAUGGUGGGUACUACAAUUACUUCACAAACGUAUCAUCCCGGGCAUGCGUUGAGCGAAGAGCGGAUACGUAAAAGACCUGUACGUUCGUAAAUUAAUGAAAUGAAAAAUAUUAAAUAAAAUAUAUACAACGCAUAAACCAAUACUCAUAAUUGUAAUUAAUUAAUUAUUCCAUUUUAUUUUAAUUAAAUUAGAAUUAAAAAAAAUUAAUUAUACGCAGUUCAAUCGUUUUCUAUGCGUUCAUGUAUAUUCAGUUGAGACGUGGUAGCAAAAAAUUGAUUACAUGAUAAACACAUUUUUUCCAUCAAUAAUAGAAAUUCGUUGUACCAGGCUUCAUAUACUUCAUAUUUUCUAUCGCUUUGGUGGGUCCUAUUACGAAAUAGUUUGCGUACCUAUGAAUCGUAAUAUACAAAUAUUCUAUGAAUUAUUCAACCAAUCACUUCGAAAUUUUGUACAAUUUUGCAGCGUUUCGCAUCGUUUGCGUCAGAAUUGAAUUUUUUCAAAUUUAAAUUAUUUAGAAACGUUUAGUUUUUAUUAAAUUUUUUCUACU